UAUAUUAUGGGGCUGCUCUCCAGCCCCAGCUGAUGAAAGUUUGUCUCCCUCAGUCCGGGCUGCGAUGUCAAAGCGCCUCCAGGCAGCGCAGCCGCGCUCCCCCCGCGCGCUGCCCGCGGCCCGGCUGCCCGCGCUGCUGCUGCUGCUGCUGCUCGGCCCGGGCUGCCUGCUCCCGGCAUCGCCCCGAGCCCGCGGUGAAAAUGUGGACAGCAAAGUGGAGUCCCCAAGGCUGCAGGUGUCAAAGGAGCAGCCCAAAGAUUAUGAGAUAACAAUUCCCUUCCUGUUGAAUGGAGAGCAGUGGAGACCAGUGAAUGGCAUUUAUUCAAAGAACCACCCGGCACUGCUGCAGUUUGUAAUUCAAGCUGAAAAUAAACAUCUGGUCAUCGAUCUGGAGAGGAAUGAGGGCCUGCUGGCCAGAGGCUUCACAGAGACCCAUUACCUGCAGGAUGGCACUGACGUGGUUCUCACACGCAAUCACACGGGUCACUGCUUCUACCACGGCCAGGUCCAGGGGUCCCCCGGCUCCUCCGUCAGCCUCAGCACCUGCUCAGGACUCAGGGGAAUUAUUGUGUUUGAAAACAUCAGCUACAUUCUGGAGCCAUUGGAAGGUGCUACAGGCGAGCACAAGAUCUACCGAGCGGAGAACCUGAGAGUGGCCCCGGGCUCUUGUGGCCACCAGCUGGACGUCCCUGCCACGAUGGCUGCUGCCACUGCCACCUCACAGCGUCCUCCAGCCGGCAGGUACAAGAGGGAGACUCUGAAGACAACGAAGUACGUGGAGCUUGUUAUUGUGGCAGAUAAUCGUGAGUUUCAGAGACAAGGCAAAGAUGUGGAAAAAAUUAAGCAGAGGCUGAUAGAAAUUGCAAACUACGUUGAUAAGUUCUACAGGCCACUAAACAUCCGAGUGGCCCUGGUGGGAGUGGAGGUGUGGAAUGACAUGGAUAAGUGCUCCAUUUCCCAGGACCCUUUCACCAGCCUGCAUGAGUUCCUGGACUGGAGAAAGCUCAAACUCCUGCCUCGGAAAGCCCACGACAACGCACAGCUGAUCAGCGGGGUGUACUUCCAGGGAACAACCAUUGGCAUGGCUCCCAUCAUGAGCAUGUGCACAGCAGAGCAGUCUGGAGGGGUCGUCAUGGAUCACUCAGAAAACCCUCUGGGUGCAGCAGUGACGCUGGCCCAUGAGCUGGGGCACAAUUUUGGGAUGAAUCACGACACGCUGGAGAGGGGCUGCAACUGCAAAGCUUCCACUGAUAAAGGGGGCUGCAUCAUGAACCCCUCCACUGGCUACCCAUUCCCCAUGGUCUUCAGUAGCUGCAGUAGGAAGGACCUGGAAAACAGCCUGGAGAAGGGAGUGGGAAUGUGUCUCUUUAACCUGCCUGAGGUCAAGGAGUCCUUUGGAGGCCAGAAGUGUGGGAAUGGCUACGUGGAGGAUGGAGAGGAGUGUGACUGCGGGGAGCCUGAGGAAUGUACAAACCCGUGCUGCAACGCAACCACCUGUGCCUUGAACCCGGGAGCAGUGUGUGCACAUGGGCUCUGCUGCGAGGACUGCCAGCUCAAACCAGCAGGGAUCUCCUGCAGAGAGUCGAGCAAUUCCUGUGAUCUGCCCGAGUUCUGCACGGGGGCCAGCCCACAGUGCCCGGCCAACGUUUACCUGCACGACGGGCACGCGUGCCACGGGGUGGAUGGCUACUGCUACAACGGCAUCUGCCAGACCCACGAGCAGCAGUGCAUCACCCUCUGGGGCCCAGGUGCAAAACCCGCUCCUGGGAUCUGCUUUGAGAGAGUCAAUUCUGCCGGAGACCCUUACGGCAACUGCGGGAAAGACUCCAAGAGCUCCUUUGCCAAAUGUGAACCCAGGGAUGCGAAGUGUGGAAAAAUCCAGUGUCAAGGAGGAGCAAACCGACCCGUCAUUGGUACCAACGCAGUUUCCAUAGAAACCAACAUCCCACUCCAGGAGGGUGGCAAGAUCCUGUGCCGUGGCACCCACGUGUAUUUGGGGGAUGAUAUGCCUGACCCUGGGCUGGUGCUGGCAGGAACCAAGUGUGAAGAUGGAAAAAUUUGCCUGAACCGCCGGUGCCAGAACACCAGUGUUUUUGGAGUCCAUAAAUGUGCCACCAAGUGCCAUGGACGUGGGGUCUGCAACAACAAAAAGAACUGUCACUGUGAGGCUGACUGGGCCCCCCCCUUCUGUGACAAGCCAGGCUUUGGUGGCAGCGUGGACAGUGGGCCCAUCAGACAGGCAGACAAUAAGAGUUUGACCAUAGGAGUGUUGAUAACCAUCCUGUGCCUUAUCUUUGCUGGAUCAAUCCUGUACCUCAAAAGGAAGACGUUCAUGAGGUGGUUGUUUACAAGCAAGAAGACAACAAUAGAGAAAUUAAGGUCUGUGAGUCCAGCAAGACCUUCCAGUUCAUCUGAGCCAAAUCAUGUCCAUACCAUAUGUGUGAGUAAAAACCUCAUUGUGAAGCCACAAAAUACAGCCAUACAAAAAAGAGACAGCCCCAGGCGGCCGCUGCCGUAUCAGAUCAUCGACAUCAGCAGCCCCGUGAAGACACACGAGGUGCCACCAUUAAAAACACCCCAGAGAGUCCUGCCACCCCUUCCCCAGCUGCCAGGCCACCAAGCUGGGCCUGAGAGACCCCUGCCAGCUAAUCCUUCACUGAGGCUCUCCCAGGAGCCCCCCAAGCCCAGCGCCCCUCGGAAGCCUCUCCCCGCGGACCCCCUGGGCCGAGCGCGCCCGGGCCGCGCCAGGGCCCUGCCCCACGCCUCCCCUGCCAGGUCAGUGCUCACCCUGCUGCCAAGGAAUCCAGCUCGUGCAUUUGCCAUCUGUUUGGAACCCCGCGGUUCAUCACUGUAACCCAAACUCCAUACACAGUGUCAGCUGCUCCUUCCCCAUUUUGGGCAGACACAGCAAUUCCUCGCCAGGCCUGGCGAUCAAGGACACCUCGCUGCCUCAGGGCUCAGAAGUGUCAACAAAACUGUGUUUUGUGGGGGACAAAACUUGAGGUAAAUGACUUAAUUAACUGAAGCUGUAAUUAGAAUAUUAACCCCCAAUAUGCAAAUGGCCCAAACUUUAAAAAGUGUGAAAACGCAUCACCCAUUUCUGGGUGUAGCCCCUGGGGGGUCUUCAUCUGCCCAAAAUGUGCCUGAAGUUCCUUCAAUAAAUAUAACCCCUUUUUAUUCCCUUAAUUUUGUCUGGCCUCUGGUUUUAGGUAGUUCCUAAAAGGUAUCAAUCCCAACACCUGGAUUUUAGCACUUCACAGCAACAUGGCUAAAAUGGCUCAAGGAACUGCUGCAACAAGCACUUCCAACACAAUUUCCAUCUCUAAUUUUACUUAUCACGCUGCUUCUCACUAGAAGUGCACCAGCACAGUUGCUCUGACUCCCACAGAAUAUGAGGAUUUAUAAUACCUGUGAAGGCUUGACUGUAAACACCUGGUGCAUAUUUACAAAACUAACAAAUAAUGAAUUUUCUCCUCAGACCUCCCCAUCUGAAUUGGAAUUAGGCUAAGAACUGAAUGCUGUUAAGAUCAGCCACCAAAAAAGUGAUUUCUUGAUCACUCAUUUCCCAAAGAAACAUGAGUUGACAUUAUCUGCAAAUACUAUCCAAACGAUUCAAAAAGCAUAGAAAUUGUGCACUUCAAAAAUAUAAUGUUUGAAAAAAAUAAUCAGGAAUUGGAAUAACUACACCCAAUGUUAGUGGGUUUAGUCCAUGCUGUUUUCUUACCCAAAAUUCCUCAGUUUCCUGUAAAUCAAGUGAGCUCCAAGGAAGAUAAAAGUGGUGUUUUAAGCUACAAGAAUUCUAGCAGUAAAGCACUUAAGUGCUCAGAAACAUUAAAAACAUAAUCAAUAUAGUCUCCUACAUUUUAGCAAAAAUACUGCACAAAGAAACUGAUUAAACUCCUUGCUGUCCAUUCCAGUCAGAUAUUCUGAAAGCAACAACAUUUCAAGCUGACUCUUACAGCUUUUGGAGACCACCUGGGAUUCUGCAACAUGACUGACAUUUUUGAUCAGGUACAAAAUUGAGGAGCACCCAGAGAAAUGGAGAUUAAGUAACAAUUUGCUGUUUUCUUUCUUUCCAACAGACCUGCUCCCAAACAUCCACCACAGGUAUCCAGGUCCAGCCACACUAUGGAUGUGAAAUGAGUAGAAAACCUGACACCUUUAUUUUAAAAAGUGAAGACAGAAGUUUGCACUAUCUUUCAGCUCCAGCUGGAGUUCAUUUCUAUGACAAUACUUAGAACUUUUAAUGUUUAAAACAGCAUUGUUUUUAAGAAUUCUGAGCUACUGCCUUUGGUGCUGUGCUGUGCUAUGGUGCUCUGUAUACUUGCUCAGGUACUUGUAAAUUAUUAAUUUAUGUUGAAUAUUUAUUACAGUGCAGUGCACUGUAGUAGAUAUUUUUACCAUAGCUGAGUUUUCCUAAAAAGGAAACCUUUUUGUUUGUAAUAUUUCACUGAACUUGAAUAAUUCUGCUCUGUUGGUCCUAUGUAGAUUUGAUAGUUUUGAUCUGUUCUUUAAGGAGUGCUGAUGCAGAUCAAUGAAAUGUGUAAACAGCUCCAUCUCAAUGGUCCUUACCCAACUUCUGAGUAAAUAUGGCAGGGUAAAAAGACAGAAUCUCUCCUGGAACUGGAUGAAAUGCCCAAGACCUGCAGACAGGGUGUAACCUGUAUGUAACCAAAGGCUCACUCUGUGUCUGCAGCUGUACUGUAAUCUCAAUUUUCAUGUUACUGUUUGACAUCUCCCAGAAAUCUCUGUGCUGAAAGAGGAUGCAUCCACCUGGGAGAAGUCCUCUCACUGAAGAAGUACUGUAUAUCACCAAACUGUGGUGGUUUUAACCUCAUUUUCCUCAAACACAGCCUGCCUAGUCCAUUUUAAUGCAGAUAUCAGGCCUCCCUGUGCCAUCUCCUCUUUGAUGCUUUGGUAAUUAAAUUCCACCAUCUCAUUGUUGUCCUGAUUAGACUGGCAGUGCAUUACACCCAGGGCUGGGGGAAAGCCAAGAAUUACAAAGAAUUACAUUUUAAAAAUCCACUUUUAUAUUAUUUCCUUUUGCCUCACUGCUCUGCUUAUCACCUGUAUUUUGCAUAUUUACUACUGUUUUGUAUUAAACUUCUACAACGUUGCUCCGGGUUUCUUAAUUCCCAAAUCAAAAUGUGUAUUUUAAUACAUAGACUUGGAUUAUCAAAAAAAAAAAAAAAAAAAAAAGAAGUUCAUCUCUGCUCUGUGAUUACACCUGAUCUCUUCUGUGCCUUCUCAGUAGCACUGCUGAACACAGUUUCACCUGUAAAAACAGCAAUUCUUAAUUAUCAGUUGAAGCAGAGGGAGAAGGGACUUAUCACCUUUAAUGGUUUCCUCAUUGCUUGUGGUUUUUGUUUCCUUAAGCAAAAAUAAAAGCAUUGAUAGAAACUCA